UGUUUCCUGCCUCUAGCAUGUCCAAGCCAUUAACAAUGUUAUAUGUUUCAAUGAGAUACCCUUCUAAACUCCAGAGUGUACAAGCCCAGCUGCUCCAUUCUCUCAGCAAGGAGAAGGGUCUCGACCCGAAACGUCACCCAAUCCUUCUCUCCAGAGGUGGACUCGACCAGAGUUGGAACUGAAAUGGCAGACAAAGCAGACUUCAGGGAGGUGGCUGCCUUUGACAAGAGCAAAUUGAAGAAAAAGUACACAGAAGUGAAGAACACACUCCCCACAAAAGAAACUAUUGAUCGGGAGAAGAAAGUAGAGAGCGGCUAGUUGCUGAAAUUGUACAGUAUCCAUAGCGGAGGGAGUCGCUCAGCCUUAUUUGGAGAGAUGAAGCCCAUUUCUUACUGUGAACUGAACUACUGAAGGGGCAGACCACUGCUGGUUCUGAAACCUUUUGGGCCACGGCUGUGAUUUAUCCAGUGUUGUAAAGGAAAUGAAUAAAAAUUCAAUUUGCACAAAAAAAAAAAAAUCCCUUCUCUCCAGAGAUGCUGCCUGGCCCGCUGAGUUACUCCAGUUUAUUGUGGCUGUCUAGUAAAAAAAAGAAAACACUGAUUUUUGCGCCCUAAUGGGCCUGUUCUACUUAAGCGGUUUUUCAGCGGAAUGCCGGUGACUGUCAAGUUGCCAGCACUCGCCUGAAAACCCGGGAACUGGAACGGAGACUGUCAGAGUGGAACACACACACACACACAGACACACACGCGCACAC